AUUUUCCUAAUAAUGAUUCUGAUAAUGAAUUGUUUUUUUUUCCCAGGAUCACUCCAAGGCCCACACGAGAAGCGUCUCUUGAACGACCUCCUCUCCUCGUACAACGUCCUGGAAAGACCAGUUGCCAAUGAGUCUGAGCCCUUGCUUAUCAGUUUCGGCCUCACGUUGCAACAAAUCAUCGACGUAGAAGAAAAAAGCCAAAUAAUUACAACAAACGUUUGGCUAAAUCUGGAAUGGGUGGAUGUUAACUUGAGAUGGAAUGCUAGUGAAUAUGGAGGUGUGAAGGAUCUACGGAUUCCACCAUGGAGGAUAUGGAAGCCGGAUGUCCUCAUGUACAACAGCGCAGACGAGAAAUUUGAUGGUACCUAUCACACUAACGUCGUUGUGAGAAACAACGGAAGCUGCACAUACAUCCCUCCUGGAAUCUUCAAAAGCACAUGCAAAAUCGACAUUACGUGGUUUCCCUUCGAUGAUCAAAGAUGCGAGUUGAAAUUCGGAUCCUGGACCUAUGAUGGUUACCAGCUAGAUCUGCGUCUCUCGUCUGAAGAUGGAGGAGACCUUUCCACAUACAUCACGAAUGGGGAAUGGGAACUUAUUGCACUGCCUGGCACUCGCAAUGUCAUCGUUUAUGCCUGUUGCCCCGAGCCUUACGUGGAUAUUACUUUCUACAUUCAUAUUCGACGUAGAACCCUUUAUUACGGAUUCAACCUCAUAAUCCCUUGUGUACUCAUCUCUUCUAUGGCACUUCUAGGAUUUGCUCUUCCACCUGAUUCUGGAGAAAAACUCACCCUUGGUGUGACUAUCCUGUUAUCUUUGACUGUAUUCAUGCUGCAGUUGGCUGAGGCAAUGCCGCCCACAUCUGACGCCGUCUCUAUCAUAGGUACUUACUUUGCUUGCAUUAUGAUUAUGGUAGCUUUCUCAGUGGUUAUGACUGUAGUCGUUCUCAAUUACCACCACAGAAGUUCAGAUACACACGAAAUGCCAGAAUGUAUUCGCUCAGUGUUCCUAGGCUGGCUUCCACGGCUACUCAUGAUGAAGCGUCCGGCACCAAAACUUCAACGUAAGGGCCUUCUUGUAAACUCUAAAAAAGAAUUCGAAUUGAAAGAAAGAUCAUCGAAAAGUCUCUUAGCUAAUGUUCUAGACAUUGAUGAAGGUGGUUUCCGGCAGAAUGAAGCUGGAUCGACAACUUACCUUCCUGUUGAAGAUCCUCCAGCCACUGUCCGUGGGUGCUUCGCUACUCAGCGCGAGUUAAAUUCCAUCUUGCGUGAACUCCGUUACAUCACUGGACGUAUGCGACGCGAGGAACGCAUUACUGACAUCAUUGCUGAGUGGAAAUAUGCAGCCAUGGUGGUGGACAGGGUUUGCUUAAUUGUCUUCACGGCUUUUACUAUCUUGUCCACAUGCAUCUGCCUCUUUUCUGCUCCACAUCUUAUCGCCUGACCCUUUCUUUCAUCAAUAGAACUUCUCUGUCCACUUGGAUUGUCUGGAAUCUUCCAAGACUGAUCUAACCAGGAUAAGACGUAGAUUUACACGGAAAUUGUCAUUUCAGUUGUCAGCUUAAAGAAAAAAAUAAAGCACAGCAGGAACUGAAAAACAAUUAUUUCUGCUUUGAAACUGAGAAACCCGCUGCACAGAAAUAGAACGGUGUUAUGAAAAUAAAAUUUAAAACUCAAAAUUAUACACAAGUGCUUAAGUGGCAGAUACAUUAUUUAAUGAAGAGAAAAUCACAGUGAUUUUAAUCAUGCCUAAGGUUUUCAUUUUAUAUUUUACAUCGAGUAAAAUCACACUUUUUACGAUGUUAAUCACAUCACAUUUUGAUGUUAUUAAUCUUGGUUAAACAUAUUUAUUACUUUCUUAAAGUGCUUAGAUUUCAUUAUUGGAAAAAAAAAUCCUUUUUGAAUCAGUCAUAAACUUUCAGUGCAUAAGCAUGUGAUAUAAAACAUCCACCAUGAACAAUUUUCUGAAUUUGAAUAAUGUACACAAAUCAUUUAUGGCUCAUUAAAACUUUAACAUGAGAUUAUAUGGACCACUUAUGGCACAAAAUGAUUCGGGAAGAGGAGAAUAUUUGCUAUUGUAAUACUGUUCCAUAUGUCAAUAUCAAUGAAUUUUUAAAUUCUUUUUUGAUUCUUUGAACAUUCUCACAAAUUUUGAUUAUUCUAUCUUUUCAAACAUCUAAAAGAUCCUAAGCUGCUGUUCGUUAAAAUGCAUUUAAUAUAAUGCGUUAUAUCGCCUACAUAUACUGCCGUAAAUUUAAUCAUAGUGUCAAUUUGUUAAGGAUUUUAGUAUAAGUCAUUAAUUUAAAACUUAUUUAAGUUUAUGACUAAAUUUUAUUCAGAUUCCUCUUAUAUGGCUGAGCUCAUAUAACUACCUUCCCAAUAUUUUUUCUUCCGUAUAUUGAAUUUAUUCAUAUUAUACACAAACAUACUAUGUCAUCUUAUUCAGACAUGUUUUUUUCCUAAAGGCUACUAAAUUUCUUUUAAUAGUCUUAAUUGAAAUAUAAUUUAUAUUGUAAUUAACAAAUUACAGUGUAAUGUGUGAUAUUGCAAUAUAAUCAUAUCAAUGUUACCAGCAAGAUUUCUUUACAAAUUUUCUUAAAUUAAAAUAACUUAUCAUAGUUAACAAUAAUAAUAAUUAUCAUUCUUUCAAUGUAAAUUACAUUCCGAUAACGUAGUUCAAUUAAAAUUAAACCUUUAAACAGUUACAGGUCAGCUACAUUCUAAAACCCAUAGCGAAGACCGCUACUCGAAAACGUGUUGCCAAUGGAAGGCAAUGAAUCUGUGUAUGAAUUACGAAAUGCAUGAAGAUAAACACCUCUUAAAACGUUGCUUUGAGAGCAUAUUGUAAAAGCAAUUUUAAGUCAUCUCUUAUAUUUCUCUACGUUAAUAUUUUCAAGCAAUUUUAUGCAGAGUUAUUAUCAAAUAUUUUAAACUUAAAAAAGUUAUCACUUUUAAUGUGUACGUUUUGCUUAACUCUUAACAUAAGACCAUAUUUAAAACUAGGUAAAUAUAAUUAUAUCCUCAUAUACUUUAAAUUUUAAACAAGCAUGUAUAUACGUAAAAAAGCAAAUUAAAGUUAAAAGAAUUAAAAAAAUCAUCAUAUACUGUUAUAAUACCCUGAUGAAAUCAAACAUCCAUUAUUUAUGUAAUAAUUUUGUGUUAUGGGUUUCCUGUUUAUUUCGGAAAUUUGCUAAGGUUAGAUCAUUCAUUCGUUCUGUUGGUUUUAGAUUUUGAUAUUUGUUAUGGAUUUAAAAAUUAUUACUUUACCUCCAAAGCAUAGUUUCCAUGAUAGUUAAUAAAAGUAAGAUUUAAUAUAAUCUUGACUGAAAUUAUACAAGUAUAAUAUACUUUAUGAAUUGAAGAAAUAUUUAAACUUUUCUUAAACAUUUACAUAACAUUAUACCUUACACAAUUUGUUUGAAUGGCGCCAUUGUGUAAAUAAUUGUAUAUUAUUUGAUAUUAUACAAUUUAUUUAUUUAUUAUGUAGAAAUACACUGGUAUUACCCAGCGAUAUUUAGUUUAAAUAAUAUAUGGAACAAAACAUGUAAUAAAUUAAGAAUGAUGACCUAGAUUACAAAGCAAAAAUUAAAGUGUUUAAAAUGUCAUGCUUUGUAUAUUCUAGUUACGCUCUUGGCAAUCAAAGCUCAAUUAAGUCAAAAGCAUCUUAAACUAACCGUUUCAAGCUUUUCGAAAUAUUUAUAAAGCAUUCAUAACUUAAAUUUAAAUAGUUAUCCCUUUUUCUCAAACGGAUAUUACUCAAUCCAUUUAACGGUUGGUUAUGGUACAUUUAUUUACUAAAACGGACGUGCGAAAACUUUCCAAGAUUUGUAAAUUUUAUAACAUCUUCGCAAUUUAUUGCAAAAAAUAAUUACGACAUUUUAAAAUGUUAAAUAUGUCUUUCAAUAUAGUUAUGUCUUAUUUGUAUAUAUUAUAUGUAGUAUUCUUUAUACAGAAUGUUGGCUCAUUGUACUGUUUAUAUUUUUAAGCAGAUCUUACACCAGAAUUUAUUUGUAAGAUGCUUUGAGAAAAAACUACUUUUAAGUAUUUCUAAAUUUUUGAAUUUAACUUCAAUAUUUCUAGAUGUUUGAAUUACUUUAAAUAUUCUUACUACUAAAUAUCUAAAAACGAUACCUCGACAAUGCGUUUAAAAUUAAUCAAGUAUCAAUAAAAUUGUCGUCUUAUGCAAUAUAAUUUAUUUUAUUUGUAAUUUCUUAAAACGUAACGCACAUAAAAUACAAAUAAUUACGUAUAUAUAAAAUAAAGUAGGUUAUAAUAUCAAUUACAGUAUAAUAUGAAGUUUUGUUUUAAGCUAAAAUACUUUGCUAAUUUUUAUCCUUUCGUUCGAGCUUGUAGCGAAAAGAUAUAUUUUUCGAAAUUAUGAGUGAAAACAUCCUCUAAAAUUUUGUAUUAAAUGUGAAAUGAAAUUUUAUUUUAUGAAAAUAAUGUGUUCAACUGCUUACUUCGAAUCUCUUAAAUUUUGGAUGUUUUUUAACUACACUACAGCGAUUCUUUGUAGAUUUAGAAAACAAAGUAGAAAAGUAGAUAUAGAAUUUGUGAGUGGAGGCUCAAUAUGUGAUAGAUUGUUUACAAAGAGUUGACUAGUGAUUUUGUGGUUUGAUAUUAAAAUAGAUAAGUCAGUUUAUAAUAAAGUGUCAAAUUAAGGCUCAUGGUUCUACAUUUUUCUAAAUAUUUAAGUGUUUUGAAUGAGAGAUAUUUGAAGUUUGUAAUUAAUGAAAUUUAUCUAACUCAAAGAAAUUGCAGACUUUAUUCCACGAAAUCAAAUAACUCAUUUUUAAGGAUAAAUUUUCAAUCUGUGUUCAGUUUUAGAUGAAACACUUUGAUGUAAGCCUUUAUUUAAAUGCAUGACCAAAAAUUAUUGAAUAUAGUAUUAAGAGCUUAAGACAAAUAAAUUUAUUUAUUUAUU